AUGCCGGAGAACACCGCCCAUCAGACAACUACCGAAAAGGGGUCGGAAUAUCUUGAGCAGCUUGCACAAGAGGCAGAGGAGCUUCGAAAAAAACUCGAUCAGGAACGACAAAAGCUCAAUGAUAUUCCGAUCCAACAAGCCGCCGAGCGUUUGGAUCCGAUGGGAAAUCUGGGAAUCAAACAGCGGCGAAUUUUGAAAGGCCACGUCGGCAAAGUGCUAUGCAUGGAUUGGUCGCUCGACAAACGCCACAUCGUUUCGUCGAGUCAAGACGGCAAAGUGAUCGUUUGGGACGGAUUCACCACUAAUAAGGAGCAUGCUUUAACAAUGCCGACCACAUGGGUCAUGGCUUGCGCUUUCUCGCCGUCAAGUCAAAUGAUUGCCUGCGGCGGGCUCGACAAUAAAUGCAGCGUCGUGCCGCUGUCGUUCGAGGACGACAUCAUUCAGAAGAAGCGGCAAGUCGCCACUCACACCUCCUACAUGAGUUGCUGCAUGUUCUUGCGUUCCGACAAUCUCAUUCUCACCGGCAGCGGCGAUUCGACGUGCGCGAUUUGGGACGUCGAGAGCGGCCAACUCAUUCAGAACUUCCACGGCCACACCGGCGACGUGUUCGCGUUGGACGUGCCCAAAUGCGACACCGGCAACACGUUCAUCUCGGCCGGCGCCGAUAAACAUUCGCUUGUUUGGGACAUCCGCUCGGGUCAGUGUGUUCAAUCAUUCGACGGCCACGAGGCCGACAUCAACACCGUCCGAUUCCAUCCGAACGGCGACGCGUUCGCCACAGGAUCCGACGAUGCCACGUGCCGACUGUUUGAUUUACGAGCGGAUCGUCAGGUCUGCGUCUACGAGAAGGAGUCAAUCCUGUUCCCGGUGAACGGCGUCGAUUUCAGUUUAAGCGGACGAAUCCUGUUCGCCGGCUAUGGAGAUUAUCGCGUCGGCGUGUGGGACUCGCUCAAAUGCGUUCGGCAUUCGGUUCUUUACGGCCAUGAGAAUCGUAUCUCAUGCUUGCGCACGAGUCCCGAUGGAACCGCCGUGUGCUCGGCGAGUUGGGAUUGCACUAUUCGAAUUUGGGCUUAA